GCAAAUAUACAGAGUCUCAUUAAAUUGCAGACCUUCAGGCCAAAGAAGAAAUUUGAGCCUGGGACUCUCAAGUACUCGUUACACAAGCAGGCACAGGCGUCACUCAGCUCGGGAAUCAACCUGCGUUCAGUGGUCACUCUGCCGCCCGGAGAAGAUCUCAAUGACUGGAUUGCCGUUCAUGUGGUGGAUUUCUUCAAUCGAAUCAACCUGAUAUAUGGGACAGUAUGUGAAUAUUGUACGGAGAGUUCCUGCCCGACUAUGUCUGGAGGACCCAAAUUUGAAUACUUGUGGGCUGAUGGCGGGAAGUACAAGAAGCCGACCGCUCUCCCUGCACCACAAUACAUAUCACACCUCAUGGAUUGGGUAGAGACACAAAUUAAUGAUGAACACACCUUUCCAGUCACUGUUGAUGUGCCCUUCCCAAAAGCCUUCAUUCCUUUGUGUAAGAAGAUUCUUACACGUCUCUUCAGGGUUUUUGUCCAUGUAUAUGUCCAUCACUUUGACCGCAUUGUGGCUAUUGGAGCUGUAAGUGUUCGCUUGUGCUAAUUUUUAAAAAUGUUU